AAUUCACUUUCACACUUGAAAGAAAUGGGUGCACUUGAUUACUUCUCCAACUUUUGUGAUACUGUAAGUGUAAACUCCACCACCAUUAAGAGGUCCAAGCGCAAAGCAAUGCAGACAGUUGAGAUAAAAGUGAGAAUGGACUGUGAUGGUUGUGAAAGAAGAGUAAGAAAUGCAGUCACUUCAUUAAAAGGUGUGAAAUCUGUGGAGGUCAAUAGAAAACAAAGCAGGGUGAUAGUAAGUGGCUAUAUUGAUCCAAACAAGGUGUUGAAGAGGGUGAAGAGUACUGGGAAAGUAAGAGCUCAAUUUUGGCCUUAUGUUGAGCAGCAUCUUGUGCACUAUCCUUAUGCCUAUGGAGCCUAUGACAGAAGGGCACCCUCUGGGUUUGUUAGAAACGUUGUGCAGGCUGCUCCUUCCGAUAAUCAAGAAGAGAUACUUGUAUCCCUUUUUAACGAUGAUAAUGUAAAUGCAUGUUCCAUCAUGUAAUCUAAUACUUGUAAUCCAUUAUCCAAUAUAAUCACCCUUACCUUUAAUGGCUUGUUUGGAUUUAUAUAUAUCUAUCUUAACUAGUAGAGCAAUACAAAUUGGAUUGGACUUGGCUCCUAAAGUUAGUAGAUAGUAA